AUGACGGAACAAACUACCUCAGCAUACGCAGACUGCAAGGACUAUGUGGCGGUUGCCCAGCUUGUCGAGCCUGUGCCCGUCCCAGCGCAUCGGUCUCACGACCCCGCCAACAAUCAGAAACGAACAGAUCCAUUUCAGUUCGGCUCACGCUUCCUCGAAGAAGGCGAUGAUGUCUUUGAAUUCAACGCCUGGGAUCAUGUAGAGGCUGAUCCAGAGUACUACGAAUAUGCCGAAUUACAAUAUGCAAGACAGCGAGCCUCUCCAGUUUCCGACUUUGACCGCCAGCGGUUUAAUUCCCAACCGGCAAAGUGGUGGAACCUAUUCUACAAAAACAAUACCGGGAACUUCUUCAAGAAUCGCAAGUGGCUGAAACAGGAAUUCCCAAUCCUAGGAGAAGUGACGGCGGCAGAUGCAGGCCCAAAGGUUGUUCUUGAGGUCGGAGCCGGUGCGGGCAACACAGCUUUCCCUGUAUUAUCGAAUAAUGAAAACAAACAACUAAUGGUCCACGCCUGCGACUACUCUAAAACUGCCGUGGAGGUUAUGCGAAAGAGUGAAAAUUAUAAUGAGAAAAAUAUGCGAGCGGAUGUUUGGGAUGUUACGGCAACAGGUGAAGAUUCACUUCCACCAGGCCUAGGAAAGGAGUCUGUGGAUGUUGUCGUGAUGGUUUUCAUUUUUUCUGCGCUCGCUCCAGAAGAAUGGAAUAACGCAGUAUCGAAUAUAUACCAGGUUUUGAAGCCUGGAGGCUAUGUGCUUUUCCGUGACUAUGGAAAAGGUGACCUUGCACAGGUGCGGUUUAAAAAGGGACGGUGGAUGGGAGAGAACUUUUAUGUUCGAGGGGAUGGCACGAGAGUAUAUUUCUUUGAAAAAGAGGAAGUAUCCCAUAUAUGGGGCAAAUGGACCCCCCAGGGAGGCAUACCUGAGUUCAAAAAGGAUGACGAAAGCACAACAGCCGACGAACAAAGCUCGCCUGAUUCUGGAUUUGAAAUUCUUAACAUGGACCUUGAUCGCCGAUUGAUUGUCAAUCGUCAACGAAAGCUGAAGAUGCAUCGAUGCUGGCUACAAGGGCGGUUCAGAAAACGAAUGCCGCCCCAGGCUUCAAUGGAAGUCCCUUCAACGCUCGACCAGCCAAGUGAAUUCAAAAAUUAA